GCAGGCAGAUCUUUGAAUGACUUGGAAAUUUGCCAUCAACACGAUGAAAGGAUUUGCGGCUGUCGUCGGUGUCGCCUCCGCGCUACUUGCCAAAGUCGCCAUGGGCGACAUCUCGUGGAACUUAAUGUUGGGAAACCAUAGCAUGGACUUCCAUGGGACGUUGGACGACGCCCCAGUCGAAGAAGGAUUCUGUGAUACCACCAAGCAACUGAGUGGUUACUUCAAGAUUGACGGGUCCAAGAGCAAGAACUACUUCUACUGGUUCUUUGAGUCGCGCAAUGCACCUUCUACAGACCCAUUCGUCAUUUGGCUCACGGGUGGGCCCGGAUGUAGCUCCAUCUUGGCGCUCCUGGGGGAGAACGGACCGUGUACUGUGAAUGACGACCUGACCAUCAAGCGAAACCCGUUUUCAUGGAACGAAAAGUCAAACAUCAUGUGGAUCGAUCAACCUGCCGGUGUUGGCUUCAGCUAUGGGGACACUAGCGAAUACGACACAGACGAAACCAUGGUUGGGAACGACAUGUAUCACUUUUUACAAGAGUUCUUCCAAGUGCACCCCGAAUACGCCAAGAACGAUUUCUACGUGUUUGGCGAGAGCUAUGCCGGCCACUAUGUUCCUGCCGUGGCCCACCGCAUUUACGUUGGCAACAAAGAGAGCACCAACCCGAAGAUCAACCUCAAGGGCAUCGGUAUCGGCAAUGGCUUGACCACACCCGAGGUGCAGUACAAGUGGUAUCCGGAAAUGGCGUACAACAACACAUACGGCGUGCAAGCCAUCUCAGCCGAGAUUUACGCAACGGAGAAGGCAGCUGUUCCCGCGUGCAUCAAGAUGAUCGAUUUGUGCCAGAAAACAAACGUCGCGUGCCUUGUUGCCCAAGUGUAUUGCAACGCUGCGCUCGUGUCGCCCUAUCAAUUGUCCGGCUUGAACGUGUACGAUAUUCGCGAGAAAUGCCAGCACUUGCCCUUGUGUUACGACUUCAGUUCAAUCGAAAAGUUCUUGCGCCUUCCGUCGACGCUGAAAGCCCUCCACGUGAGUCCUAAGAGUUCCAAGUGGGAGUCGUGCAACAUGGUCGUGCACGCCGCGUUCAGCUACGACUGGAUGAAGAACUUUGACGGGUUGGUGACUCCCAUGGUUGAGAACGGUAUCGAAGUUCUUGUGUACGCUGGCGACGCCGACUUUAUUGUCAACUGGAUGGGUUGCAAGGCGUGGACAUUGGCGUUGAACUGGAAGUACCGCUCGCAAUUCCAGCAAAUUGAGGACGUCGACUGGGUUGUAAAGGGCAAGAAAGCAGGCAAAGUGCGCAGUCUCCAAGGGCUCACGUUCUUGCAAGUGUUUGAGGCGGGCCACAUGGUCCCGAUGAAUCAGCCGGAAAACUCCCUGUACAUGCUCGAGGAAUUCACGAAGAAGAACUCGUUUGCCGCGCGACACGCGGCGGAUGAUCAGUCGGUGAAGCUGUUGGUGAUUGAAGGCACGGAUGACGAUAUUGAGGUCGACUUUCUAUUUUCACCUUGAGUUUAAAUACCUUCGUGGUGUUUGCGUCUUAAUCGUGCGUGCUUCUGUCGUCGUAUUCGCCGACUAUGGUGGUGAUUUGUGAUGCACAGGAAAACUAAAAUGGAUAGCCAAUUACUGUCGUCCAAAACGGGGAAAUAUGUGGUGUAUUUACCGUUGACCUUCGACUGAGAACGAGAAUAACGAAGAUAUUUGGUUACUAUGGACCAAGUACAUACCGUUUCGGAGAGGUAUUGACGGUACACGUUGAAGUAGAGCAGUCCCUCGACAUGCUCACGGGUGUAGUUCUUGGCCCUGGCGUGUCCAAAUCCUGGAAUCUUGGAUAACACGACGCCUUUUUGCUUCCCUGUCAACUUCUUUCCCAUGUACAAAUGGGCAACUUGUAUCAACGUCGACUGGAUACCCAGUUGUGUGCAAUGUUUAACUACAAAUGUGAGUGUCUGUUGAUGCGGCGAAAA